AUGGAGCCUCAACUACGGCAAAACCCACUAACCAGAGAUAAAGCGGAUUGUUCACCAGUGCGGAACCUGGCACGUGAACCACCACCAUCAACAGAAAAUACAGGCUCUAACGAAGUUCGCGAAAUUCGGGAACCCUUUCGUUGGGACAAGCUUCCUAAGCAAUCUGGAACUAGGAGCGCUUCAACAUUGGAAGACAGCCAUCCAACGCGCCUUGAAGACGCGCCAGGCCCUGACGGUAUUCACUUAUUCUGGUGAAAAAAAAAGCUCAAAGCUUCAAGAUAACUUCGAAAGGGCUACGGUCAAAUGCUGGAUGCUCUAAGAGUUUCGUACGUAACUGGACGGGAUGACGCCAUAGAAUCGAGUGUACAACUCGCCAUCAGGAGAGGUGUUCCACAACGUGACGCUUUUUAUCUUUGGAUCGAGAGCAAAGAAUGCUGCCUUCAUAAUACCAGUUCUAACAGGCUCGGAUGUAUAUAUAAGUAUCUUUGCUUCUAGCAAAGGAUGGGGAUAACCUUUGCGAAAGUCCUUGAAAGAAUAUGUGAAAUCACGCUGGAUCGUACGAAAAGAAUCUUCUCAUCAAGUGCAAGCCACGGAAAGAAAGUCUGCGCCUACAACAUGACAGUAAGGCCGGUGAUCCGCUACGCUAUCGGGAACAUGUUUCUACAUGACCGGUAUGCUCGUGGAGGCACCAGCACCGCGGCCUGCAGGGGGCUUGAUGAGAAAGUUAGAAACAUUCUAACAAAUCUACAGGUCCGUUUUGCUAAGUGUCCGGUCUCACAACUGUACGCUUCCACAACCAUAGGAGGAUGGGGUCUCGCCAACCUCGAAGAAACCGCAAGUGAGAGGAUUAUUUAUGCCUACUGCUACCUUGCGGGAACAAAAGCUCUGAGUGAGCACUUCAGACUACUCUCCGGGCAAGCUCGAAGACGAAAGCGGUCGCUAGUGACUGACUUUGAAGGAAUUAUGAGAAGGCCAGAAUGUCAAGGAUUGGACAUUAGCAGGUCAGAAACGGUAAACGGAAUAGUACUCAGCUUAAAUGGAGUGCCAUACGCAACCCCAAAGCUGCUAGCUCGUGCAAUAACCAGUGAGUUUGAAAAACGGAAUAAUCUUCGAAGAGGUUAAACUCCGUGAUUUAUGUGGUAAUAUCACCAGAGGAACGAACAUAGUUCCACGACUGUCAUAUCUAUGGCUCAAGCCUGGAACCAUAAACUCGAAAUCAGUCCGGAAUCUGUCUUCCCUGAUGUAUACGGGCCUUCCCACGCGACCACACCCGGCAAUGGGACGGGGACCCAACGCAGGAUGUCGCUACUGUGGGUUGCCCGAAACAAACGAGCAUGUUGCAACGGGGUGCAAUAAGUUCAAGGCAAGUAUUAUGAAACAGCUUCAUGACAGCUCUGUCCGGAAAGUAUACGAUGGUCUGUGCAUAAAAAUACGACCUGGCGAAAAACUGAAUUCGACCAGCCAGUCCCAGUAGUUCAACAGAAUGCUCAUGUCGAACUCUACUGGGACAGAACAUGGGUGACGGAGGCUCAGAUAAGAUUUUUUUUCGUUUCAUACUUUCAGAAAAACGGCAAAAUAUUGUACAAAACAAUAUGUAAUUGACAUCGCUUAACAAUUCUUGACAUUUUAUAAAGCUUCUAUUUCCUUUUUGUGAGUUUUUGAGACGGAUUUCUUGAGCCGAAAUCAAACGAAGAUGAUCAGGUGCUAUGAAAAAAAGACCAGCGAAAAUUCAAACGGCGGCUUUUCCGAAUUUUUCAUACCGCUAGGGUACUUUCCGACGAAUCUUUUUCCAACUUUUUUUCUCGAUAGAAUCUUCGUUUUUUUAAUCUUCCUAUAUAAAGUAGUUAGUUGGUUGAUGAUUAAAAACAGAAAGAAAUAGGAUGUUAAUAGAUUUUUUUGCAAAUUGAAAAAAACUUAAGAGAAAAAAAGUCGGAAAGGGAUCCGUCGGAAAAGUGGCCGUCAGAAAGUUCCCUAGCGAAAUGAAAAAAUCGGAAAAGUCACCGUUUGAAUUUUCGCUGGUGUUUUUUUCAUACCACCGAUCAUCACGGAUCACUUCUGCUUUUUUGAUGUUUUAUAUAGCUGUGGUAUCUCUGUUUAGUGACGAAAAAUCAAAAAAAAUUGGCCGCGCCCCGAAAAACUCGAAGCUUAAAAAUUUUUCCAAAACUUCACAAUCGAAAAAUUUUCAGCGACUUGUCUACGUUUUUAUUAGUUAUAAAAUUAGUAAACACAUUGAAUCAGAGAAUUUUAAAAAAGGUGCUCGGAAAUAGUGUUUUUUUCUCUUUUGAAAAAAACGUUUGGGUGAAUUGAAAAGAAAGCGCGGCAGCGGGCGAACCGUCAGCUUGUUGAAUUGUUCCAGUUGAACACCGCGCGCGCAAUUUUUUUGGUCAUAACUUUUUUUCUUAGCGGACCUUUUUUCAUAAACUGAAUGGCUUAUGAAUAUAGUCAAUCUCCUUGACAAACAGUGUAAAAACCAUAUAUUUUGGAUCUUUUGAAAAAAAAAAUGGCCCGCGGUCCUCAGCAGGGACACGAUCAAGCGCGGAUAAACGGCGGUAGUAACUACAUUUAAAUGUCUAAAGUUCAUUUUUUGAGAUCGGCAUUUCAAUCAGCAUAAAAACUACAUCUAGAAAACAUGGUCGCAUUCAAUAAGUCACAUUGUCAGCUGAGACUUUUCCCUAGCAAGAGAGAGGCUUCGGCCUUGCUCAGCGUGGCAUUCCCCUUUAACGCGCAUGACUGGAGUGGUGGAUUCUGUUGAGGACGCUUAAGGAGGUCUCAAGGUUGGUACUAUGACCGGCUCUGCUUGUUGGGAAAGAUACAAGAUGGUUGCUAUUGUUGAGUUGAUCCCUUCGGUGAGUUUUGUUCCAAUCUCCGAAAAAGUACAAGUAUGGUGUCCGGUCCGAAACUCGAGUCAUUUUGACUAUCUCUAGGUUCGGGGUUAGGUUCGGACGCAUAGCGCCUGAGACUGACUCUCGAUUGCACUUCCUUGAUAAAACGAAUCUAAGAGAUGGUCCGAAUAAUGACUGAGCGCCAAUUGAGAGAUCACUGGAAGCAGAGAUAGAGUUUUCCAAGGAGACUACCCUUGUGUCGUACGAGUGGCUAAGUCUCCCGAUACAGAAAACUGCCUCUACGUGGCUACUCUAGUUUCGCUAAAGGUUGUCGUAUGUCCCCUAUGGGCUUUCAUCUGGAGGGGCCUACUGAGUAAGGGUGGUGAGGAUGAUUGAAUGAUAUUUAACACCUGUAUCUAGUCUAAACUGUCUUAUCAGGUAGCACUUCUAGCUAGGGACAUUUGGAAAAAAAAUUUUAGCUCUAAAAUUAAGUACUGAAAGUUUGGAUUUUCCAUGUUCGGUCGUUUUUUGAGUUUUACUUUCGAGUUGAAAUAUAGCCGGUUCUCGGCGUAGAAUUCAGAAGUCAGCUCCUGGGGACCGCGACACGAAGACAAACUGUUAGAGUGUGUUGCAAAUCAUUUUCUGAACCCUCGAAUUGCGUACACUGGAAAUAUACAUGCCCUGUUCCGGUAUCAUUACUACGAUGAGCUCAUUCCAAUGAACAACGAUCCGCUGGCCCACUCGAGGCGUUGUUCUUUGUAAUAAGCCAGAUUUAGUCCUCGUGAAACGGGCUAAAAGCAAAUUCAAGUCUUGGUUGUUGGAAAUCAGUGGUUGGAUUCGAUUCUUGAGCAAAACAAGUCUCCGGACGGUCAGUGCGGCUGUGUUUGCAAUAUCGAAGGUGGUGUCGAACCUGGCAGACGACAAGUGUGCGUUCAGGUGCAGAAGGGAGCUGUCGUACAUAGCCACGAAAGGCCAGAGAGGUUAAUAGGCAAAUGUCGCCGUUGACCACAGAUUCCUAGCUUUCGCAGACUAGCCAACUUGUCUCGCCAAGGAUAGGUGAACGCUGAAGCCCGCUUUCGGCAGGAACUAUUCGAGGCAAGGGCUCGAGAAGACCAAGCGCGAAGUCCCACAAAAGAGCGAUCGACCGAACGCCGUGAGGAGGUUCUGGGAGCCGAUCAUCGGCAGGGACUUCAUGACGGAUUUCAACAACGACUAUCUCCAGCAAUGGAAUACAGAGGUGGGAUCUGGAACUGAGAAAUCUAGUGGGUUCUUGAGCCCUAUGCGACCCAUUGCAUGUCUCAUCUCGCCCUUCAAGUUGAUGACUGCGAUGAUAGCAAUCCUGCCGCGGGCGCGAGUCCUCCGACUCAUGCCAGCGAAUCUGCGAGCAUUGAGGAAAGGAGAGUGGAAGGCAACACAUGCCCACGUUAUCGAUACCGCAGUGUUCCUGGACCAGCAAUCUCUCCAUGUAGAAUGGAUCGACUACUCCAAGGCGUAUGAUUCGAUUCCUCAUGACUAGUUGGAAUGGGCUUUACUGGCAAUUAGAGUACAUCCGCGUGUUGUCAGUAGUUAUAUGGGAAUGUUAAAAAGCUCUACAUGUAACGUUUGAGACGAGAAUUAGGUCAACGACAAGAGCGAGCACAGAGCUGGACUUGAGGAGAGGGGUCCCGCAACGAGAUACUCUCUCACCGCUCCUAUUUUUGCUUGUCGGCAUCUCAAAGUUCAUCGAAGCAUGCCUAACGCCUUCUCUGUUCUCACGAACAGCUGGAGUCAAUGAAAUGAGACUGAAUCAUCAAUUUUACAUGGACGACCUCAAACUGUACAUCGAAUCAGUUCAGAACCUCCACAGUACAAUUGGUCAGAUGGUCCUAUUGUACCAAGCAAUGCGACUUGAAGUGAGCAUGCGAUGUGCUCUAGCCAGCUUUUUUGCCCCAGCACAACCAGGUCAACGUACGGAUAUACUGCUCACAGAAAAAGCGUUGCGCUGUCAGGUAUUUGAACGAGUAACUAAACUGGUGCUGGAACGUACGAGGAACAUUUUCUAAAUCGCAGCUAGUCUUGGUAAGAAGGUUGCGUCCCACAACGCAGCGGUGGCCCCAAUCGUGAGGUUAUCUUCUUGAGCAACUAAAAAGUCCGGUUCAGAAAACACCCAAUCCAUCACUUAUCAGGCACGGAGGGUGGGGGCGGAUCUAUGGAUGACCAUGUGCUCGCAAGCCAGAAGAGAAAAAAGCUCACAGACUUUUACUGGGUUAUGAGUAAACCGGACUGCGAGGGACUGGAGGUCUAAAGGAUGGACGGCCACCAAGGGAUGAGAAACACUCCUGACAAACCUCAAUGGUCGAAUUGCAAGAACUGUGAAACUGGAUAAAGAGAUGUCAUACCUUUGGAUCCAAUGCGCAUCCUGCGAGGCAGCUGCCAAUCGCUGUGAUCCCUAUCUAGCAACGAUCCGCAGAAGUCGAGCUCUACUGGGAUGAAGAGUGGCUCUCCGAGCAAAAUCACAUGCAAGCGACCCGAUGUCGUCCUUGUAGAUCACUCUACAUGGAGAGUUAUCGGGGCCGAGAUAGCAGUAUCUUGGCCAACCCGCAUCCGACGAAUGGAGGAAUUCAAAAUACGUAAAUUCGAACCAGUCAACCAAAUCAUCCAAACGAUGAGAGAGAACUGGAGACUAGCCUCUGCUCCAUCACGUCGGCGCAAUUCCAGUGUGCGGCAAAGGUUGUUCCCUUCGUCAUUAGUUGCUGCGGAGAAGUCAGCAAAGAUGCAUCAGCCUACCUUCGAGAGCUUGGUCUAACCGACAAACAAGUCCUCACAUGCAUGGAGCUAACUGGAAGGAGUAUAGUCCUCGGUACAGACCGAGUCAUCAGAAACCACCUUGCAAGUGUAACUGGAGAGAGAGUGAGUCGGCUCGAAGUCAAGAAGAAGAGGAACAGGGUGAUCCCGGUAUAUAAACAGGUCUGUACUAUCACGUGUCAUAUAUUGUAAUACCGGUUAUGUCCACGAUUGUCAAUACUAGUCAUCAUUUGUAGUGGUCAAGUCUACGGUUACUAUGUAAUCAUUGGUCUAUUGUUAUUUUUUUAUUGUCCAUGUUGUUGAAAUAAAAGCUUGUUAUUUGUUCUACAACAGCGAAAAAGGCUCAAGAAGCAGUUACCAGUGCAACAAUACCUAAUAACAACCCUUACAGAUACUGACGAUGAAGGGAGGAGUCGACUACAAGGAAACGAGGAAUGAGAAAGGUUAAAGUGGUGCAGAUGGUUAAGAAGGUGGUCAAGAAAGGAAACCCUUAUUGGUAAUGAGAUAAUCUGGAACUAGAAGCUGCACCAGUACUAAAGGGCUCGGACAACCAUCCAAGAGAGUUGAAAACGCAGACGAAACGGAGAUUACGAACAACUGGAAAAGCAGAUGAAGAGCGAAGUGAGAAAGAUGCAGGCGUGAAAAGCGCCAGGUCCAGAUGGUAUUCACGUAUUCUGGUGGAAAAAAACCUGCCAGCCGCUAACAAGUUCCUUAGUAAAAUGGAUCAGGCUAAGGUUUACCACUGAGAACGUCCAAUUCCCUAAGUGGGUUGCCGCCGGUAGAGUGCUACUACUGGCGAAAGAAAAGGGUAAUAACGACCCUGUUUCGAUGAGACCGAUUACUUGUCUAAACUCAAGCUUUAAGUGUGUAACGGCCAUGAUGGCCAAUACACUAAAAACUCGAAUAUUUGAAACCCUGCCCUCCGCUCAAAGGGGGCUAAGAAAAGAAGAGUAGACCUGCACGCAUGCCCUCAUAAUCGACUCGUGUGUAGGUCUCACCAAAGAGUAACAGGUCGAAGGGGCAAAGAACUUGGCGAUCGCCCCUUUAUCGUUUUACAUUGACUCAAAUCUGAGCCCGUACGAAUUCUCGCGGAGCAAUGGUGCCGAAAUUACGCCCAUCACACACCAGUUCUACAUGGACGACUUGAAGCUCUACAGUCACUCAAGCUCCAGCUUGGAACGAACAAUCAGAGGAUUGGUAGAGGUGUGCAAAAAUAUCGGCCUAGCAUUUAAUACUAAGAAUAGCGUAAUAGCGCACUUUGGAUCGAGAGCAGAAAGAGCUGCCUUCAUAAUACCAGUACUAAAGGGCUCGGAUGUGUACAAGUAUCUUGGACUUGAGCAAAGGAUGGGGAUAAACUUUGCGAAAGUCCUUGAAAGAAUAUGUGAAAUCACGCUGGAUCGUACAAAAAGAAUCUUCUCAUCAAGUGCAAGCCACGGAAAGAAAGUCUGCGCCUACAACAUGACAGUAGGGGCCGGUGAUCCGCUACGCUAUCGGGAAUAUGUUUCUACAUGACCGGUAUGCUCGUGGAGGCACCAGCACCGUGGCCUGCAGGGGGCUCUAUGAGAAAGUUAGAAACAUUUUAACAAACCUACAGGUCCGUUUUGCUAAGUGUCCGGUCUCGCAACUGUACGCUUCCACAACCAUAGGAGAAUGGGGUCUCGCCAACCUCGAAGAAACCGCAAGUGAGAGGAUUAUUUAUGCCUACUGCUACCUUGCGGGAACAAAAGCUCUGAGUGAGCACUUCAGACUACUCUCCGGGCAAGCUCGAAGACGAAAGCGGUCGCUAG